AUGAAUGGGCCAAUUACAUCUGUCUGGGUUAUCGGCAUAUCUGAGGGCUCCCCCGGUGUAUCUAAUGGGAUCGAGUGCCAGGGUGAUGGACGAGUUCACCUCCGAGCCCUCAGCCUCUGCUUCCUCAAUGGAAGACGUGACGGCGGGAUUGAGGAGGUCCUCGAAGUAUUCCUUCCACCGUCCGACGACAUCCCCAGUCGAGGUCAACAGCCGCCCACCCCUACUGUAAACAGCAUUGGUAGGGGACUGCUUCCCCCUCCUGAGGCGCCGGACAGUUUGCCAGAAUCUCCUCGAGGCCAGCCGAUAGUCCUUCUCCAUGGCCUCACCGAACUCCUCCCAGGCCCGAGUUUUUGCCUCCACGACCACCCGGGCCGCAGUCCGCUUGGCCUGCCGGUACCCGUCAGCUGCCUCUGGAGUCCCACGAGCCAACCAGGCCCGAUAGGACUCCUUCUUCAGCUUGACGGCAUCCUUUACUUCCGGUGUCCACCACCGGGUUCGAGGAUUGCCGCCUCGACAGGCACCGGAGACCUUACGGCCACAGCUCCGAGCAGCCGCUUCGACAAUGGAGGUGGAGAACAUGGUCCACUCAGACUCAAUAUCUCCAGCCUCCCUCGGGAUCUGGUUGUAGCUCUGCCGGAGGUGAGAGUUGAAGAUCUUUCUGACAGGAGAUUCGGCCAAACGUUCCCAGCAAACCCUUACAGUACGCUUGGGUCUGCCGAGUCCGUCCAGCCUCCUCCCCCGCCAUCGGAUCCAACUCACCACCAGGUGGUGAUCAGUUGACAGCUCCGCCCCUCUCUUCACCCGAGUGUCCAAGACAUAUG